AUGGCGGCCGCGGGGCAGAACUUCUACGAGCUGUACCGACGGAGCAGCAUCGGUGCCGCUCUGACCGAUACCCUCGAUGACCUGAUCACAUCGAACCAUCUCGAUCCCCAGCUUGCCAUGAAGAUUCUGGCCAACUUCGACCGCGCUAUAACAGAGGUCCUGCAGGAAAAAGUUCGGUCGCGUCUGUCGUUUAAGGGGAGCCUACACACCUACCGCUUUUGCGACGAAGUUUGGACCUUUCAACUCAAGAACAUCACCUUCAAGAUGGAGAACGGUGGUCAGGUUGUCUCGGCCAACAAGGUGAAGAUUGUGGCCUGCACUGCGAAGCCCACUGGUACCACCUAG